UCAUAGUCGAAAUGUCAUCACGUACUAAAAAUGUUGUAAUGUUUUUGCUCGGAUAAUUAACAAAAUUUUGGUGAUGGAGUCUACAUAUACAGACACCGAUAUUAGUGAUAAGUGUAACUCGAAUGGGGAUUGUUCACCGCUUUCCGAAAAGGAGGCGUUCGACCUGAAUCACACGAAAAAUAUCGAUGACAUUUCUACGCCUUCCGAAUUGAAUUUCGAUCAAGAAUUGGAUACAGAGGACCCAUACAUUACUAGAAAACGCAAAGAAAUUGAAGAAUGUCUCAGCAAUCCAGACGUGGUAAAUUUGGAUCAGUGGAAGAGUUUUUCACGGAGCAAAGCGGGCCUGAUAUCUGAUGACUACAGAAAAGUUAUAUGGCCUCUAUUGGUUGGCGUAACUCGUGACGAAAUGACUGAGCCACCAUCUCUGGACGAGCUAUCUAAACAUCAGGAGUAUAACCAGGUGGUGUUGGAUGUAAAUCGUUCUCUAAAGAGGUUUCCACCAGGCAUUCCAUACGAGCAGCGUAUAGCGUUGCAGGACCAGCUCACGGUGCUAAUUCUGCGAGUCAUCAAGAAGUCUCCUAAUUUAAAAUACUACCAGGGCUACCACGACGUGGCGAUCACUCUGCUGCUGGUGUGCGGGGAGCGCGCGUCGUUCCCGCUGCUGUGGCGGCUGUCGCUGGGUCCGCUGGCGCCCUUCAUGGAGCCCACCAUGGUGGCCACGCAGCGCCUGCUCUCCUACAUGCUGCCAGUCAUAGGCCGCGUACAUCCAGACCUCGCGCACUUCCUAGACAAGGCGGGCGUGGGCACGAUGUUCGCGCUGCCGUGGUACCUGACGUGGUUCGGGCACAGCCUGCCGCGGUACGUGGACGUGGUGCGCCUCUACGACUACUUCCUGUGGGCGCCGCCGCUGCUGCCCGUCUACGUCACCGCCGCCAUCGUGCUGCACCGCGCGCCGCAACUGCUGGCCGCCGACUGCGACAUGGCCGUGCUGCACUGCAUGCUCUCCAGGUUACCGGAUGACUUACCAUUUGAAGACAUCUUGGUGACCGCCGACAAACUGUAUGAGCUGUAUCCCCCCAAGGAUAUCGAGCCUGAAGUGAUAGCUAUGGAGAAGAAAGAAGAGGAAAUGCGGCGGCAGGAGGAGGCUGCACGUGCACGUCGCGCGGCGGCACGUGCGCGUGCGGCGGCGCCGCUGUGGCUGCGCACGUGGCUGCGGCUGCGGCUGCUGCCCGCGCACGUGCCGCGCCACGCCGCACUCGCCGUCGCCACCGUGCUGCUCGGCGUCUCCAUCUACUACCGCCCCGACCUGCUCUUCACCAGGGACCGCGAGCAUUCAACUCUGGAGGCAUAAGCAAUAAGGGAUAUAUUGCGUUGACAAUAAAAGUGGCA